AUGGCCAGCAGCAAUCACAGUACUAAUUGUGGUAAUACCUCAGAUGAGGAGGACUUCUCCUCCAAUGAGGAAUCUAGCUUGGAUAGCACAGAGACAACAAAAUCUACACUGGGAAAGCUGAGACUGGAUGAACUUCAAAUCCUCCAAGAUGGUCUAAAUGAUUGGAAGGAAGCUGACACAAACAAAAGGGCCUCACUGAUGGAGGGCAUGUGGAACAAAAUCAAACAUCUGGAUGCCAACAAGAGCCUCAAACAAAAUGAGUGGAAUAGAAAACAGACAGCCAUCAAGAACUGGAUGUAUAACAACAGUCAGUCCCAGGCACAGAAGGCCUUGGUCAAUUAUGGCUCCAAAUGGAUGGCCCUAAAGGUGAUAAAGCUGCAGUGUAAGAAGGAUAUCCAGCAAGUACUUUUGAAGGCUGGAAUACAUCCCAGGACAUUGGCUAUGAUCAAACACUAUCAGCCAGCCAUUCAGAAAGUAGUCCAGUCAUUGACCAAGGCUGAAUUGGACCAGGCAGCCCAUUUGGCAAAAGAGUGGAAUGAGAGAAAGCCACCACCCAAAGCCCAGGCAGAGGUGGCAACGAGUAAGGGCUGGAAGUAUGCAAAACAGUUUGCAUAUGACAUGUGGAAGCAGUGUGGGAUGAGAGUGGUGAUCAUGUCAGCAUGGAAGGAUAAGGAAGGUGAAGUGAUGGUUGGAGUGAACGACUUCAAUGAUGAGCUGGGCAAUGGAGAGCUCUAUUUGGAUUGGGAAGACCUUCAUGGAAAGUGGUCAGCCUACACAAAGAAGGUCUUUGGGGCCAAUGGUACAGAGGAUGGCAGUGGAGAGGAUGAGGCCAGUCAAACCACAGACAUCAUGAGGGUGUUUGUAACUGGCCAUUAUUGCUUGGCUUGUGGGAAGACAAAUGCCAGUGUACCUUGGGCUGCAAUAGCUGACAACCAGGCAUCCUAUGUGUCUUCCAAGUAUCUUCCUCCCAAUAUCCUGUUCAAAGAGCCCACCAGGCUGACACAUCAUGAGCUAAUCAAAACCUUGGAGUUCUGGAAGGAGCAACAGCAGGAGCACCCAGAAGAUGUCUUCCAGUUCCAAAGGUGGAGAUCUCAGGAUGGUCCCCUGGAGGAGCCAGUUGCCAAACACCAAUGCCAGUCAGACAAAGCCAAAGGGAAGAAACCCUGGGUGGAAGUAAAUUCUAUUGAUGGCUCUGACUAUGGACAUCACUCAGAGGAGGAACCAGCUCCUCCCACAAAACCUUCCACCAAACAGCAACAGAUAGCUGCUACUGCAUACCCCAAGCCUGCUGACAAUCAUGCCAAUGAUGGUGGUGAUUCAACUGCAAGGAAGCCCAAGCCCAAGCCAAGAAUCAGAUCCAAUGGAGUUGAUCCAGUGGGUAGGAAUUCAAAUGCCAGGCCUAGAGGCCAUGUGAUGGGCAGGGAAGAUAGACUGUUGGAUCAAGCAGAAGAGGAUGGUGUGGCUCAUUGCCCAGAGUGGAAUCAUAGGCCCCCAUGGCAGCCAGAUGAUAAUUAUCCUACUCCAACCAUGAGGAGCCUACACCUGCUGGCUCUUCCUCCAGAAGAUCUGCUAACUGUUGCUGGAAUCUGGAACUUCUGGACUUAUGCUUGGAUUGGCACCAUCGAUGGGGAUCUAGCUGGUGGUAUCAAUGUGGAGCUGAAUGAUGCAGGAGUAUCUGAAAGGUCCAUAGGACUGACUGGUGGGGACUGGAAUGGUGGGGGCAACCCCCAAUGCAGCUCAUGCAAUGGUGUACCUGGGGCAACAGGUGGUGGUGAUUUGUCCCAUGCCAGCUCAAGUAACAGGGUGCUGUCAGAGAGGCAUGUUGAUAUGGAGUCCCAAGGAGGCUCAACCAAUGGGCUGCUAGAGGAGGGAGAUGGUGCCAAUGACUCCCAUGCUGGCUCUAUCAAAGGUGAUCUGGGCAAACCAGAGGACUGGAAGGAGGGUUCUGUUCCAGUUGUGCAUAUUGUUUGA